AGUAGAAAUGAAAACAAGGAGGUGAAAGGGGAGGAACGAGAACUUCGACUUCAGUGCCGUAGUAGUAUUUGAUUUUAAAUAAAUGUCCGCAGGUGUUGCAGAUCAGGAGAAACAACACAUUUGGAGACACUUUUAGUCCAUCGUCAUCUUUCAGAUUGGGAUUAUUGACGGGUGAUAUAAACCUGUGCACUCCUCUCUGAAGUCACGAUCAUGCAUUGAUGGGAAUUAUCAGGAAUCUUGUCACACAUUUGACUGUAAUUCGUCAGACUUUUGUUAGAAACCAUCACAAGAUAAUCAUGUCAAGACGACUUCAUGCACGCAGAACAGACGAUGUCGAUAAAAACGUUUGGGUUCAAUUCACUCAACUUGCAGCAGACUACAAAGCAGUGAACCUUGGACAGGGAUUUCCUGACUUCUCCCCUCCCAAGUUUGUCCAGGAGGCUUUCUGUAAAGCUGUGAGUGGAGGACCCCUUAUGCACCAGUAUACCCGUGCUUUUGGCCACCCCCCUCUUGUAAAAAGUCUGGCUAAAUUCUUCAGUAGGAUUGUGGGACAUGAGAUUGAUCCUCUUGAAGACAUCCUGGUCACAGUUGGAGCUUAUCAGGCUCUCUUUUGUGCAUUUCAGGCUCUGAUUGAUGAAGGGGAUGAGGUCAUAAUUGUUGAACCGUUCUUUGACUGCUACCAGCCAAUGGUGAAGAUGGUUGGAGGAAAGGCAGUGUAUGUACCUCUGAGGCCGAAAGCUGAGGGCAACGCCGUCCUGUCGAGUGGAGACUGGGUUCUUUCUGCCGAGGAGCUGGCCAGUAAAUUCACUCCACGCACAAAAGCCAUCGUUAUCAACACUCCCAACAACCCAUUAGGCAAGGUUUACAAGACUGAAGAGCUUCAGAUGAUUGCUGAUCUGUGCAUUAAACAUGAUGUGCUGUGCAUCAGUGAUGAGGUGUACGAGUGGCUGACUUAUGAUGGAGCCAAGCAUGUGAAGAUAGCCAGCCUUCCUGGGAUGUGGGAACGAACCAUCACUGUUGGCAGUGGGGGAAAGACUUUUAGUGCUACUGGCUGGAAGGUUGGCUGGGCCAUCAGCUCUGGGCAUAUCCUGAAACACAUGAAAACCAUCCAUCAGAACACUGUUUACCACUGUGCUACAGCUGCUCAGGAGGCAGUGGCUCAGGGAUUUGAGAGAGAAUACGAGCUGUUUGGGACUCCAGAGAGCUACUUCCAGCAGCUGCCUGCGAUGCUGCACCACAAGAGAAAGAAGCUGGCCUCGUGUCUGGAGAGUGUGGGUUUGCAGCCCAUCAUGCCAGAGGGAGGCUAUUUUAUGCUCGCAGACAUCUCUUCUGUCAAGGUGGACUUCAAUGACCAGAGCACUAAAGAUGAACCCAAUGAUUUCAAAUUUGUUAAAUGGCUAACUAAAGAGAAGGGUUUGGCAACAAUUCCUGUCUCUGCAUUCUACAGUCCAGAGCACGGCAAGGAGUUUGACAAAUACAUCCGAUUCUGUUUUGUCAAGGAGGACUCCACCCUGAAUGCAGCAGAGGACAUCUUGAGAAAGUGGAGUCACGGACAGUAAAAUCGUCCACGAUAAGAAGCAUUGUCCGUCCAUCCAGAUUUCACCAGGCUAUUUAAACUUGGGCUUGGGUUGCCUCCUCAGUUAAAACGAGCCAUAUUGAGUGUUUCUGUGUGUGUUUGUGUCACAGUAGGGUGCUCGAAAGCACACGUCCACUUUCAGUUUGUCCUUAUACUGCAAUUAUGAAAACACUCAGAAAUCCUUUUGAAUGUUCUUGUGCAAUGAUUUAUAAACAGAAAACUAUGAAAUAAAUAUUUUAAAUAAUUUUUCAAUAAAGGAUAUAUUUAGGUGUUUGUUUUUUUAAAUACUUAAAUGUUGUACUCCUCCUACUGUGUGUGACAUUUUAACUGCAGAGAUAUUUGCUCUGAAUCAAACUCAAAGAGUUCGCUAAAGCUUUUUAAUGAAUCCACAUGUCCUCUUUCUCUAUGUCACUCUUCUAUGUUCUCUAGCUGCAUUGGCACAGUGUUUGUGCCGUGUAGAGGAAUUUGUAUAUUACAGACCUUGUAAAGGUGUUUGAUUCUAGGUAUGUCCUAUUUUAACUGCAAAUACACAUUUCUUCACAAGCUA